AUGGCCCUUCGUUUUCAGACAAACUACGACUUCACCGAUGUCCCAAUACCGACCACAAGUGCCCGACAACCUCCCACCUCGGCCCCCACAAUUCGACGCGCGAAGACACUGACACGGCCAGAGAGAAGUGUCGCACCCGUUCCUCUUAUUGCUCCUUCCCAUGCGUCAGGCCUGCAUGCGUCAGGCUCUUCAUCGAGCAUAGACGAGUAUGGCGGCUCGAGUGUCUGGAAGGUUUUCUCUCGUAUCGUUACGUUUUGGGCCCCGGGCGUCCUCCUUAGUUCUUUGGGUGGGCUAAAAGACAAGGCGACGCAACAGGCCUGGAGAGAGAAGAUGGCAUUGUGUUUUAUCAUCGCCCUCUUGUGUGGUGCGGUAGGUUUUGCAACUGUGGGGUUCCAGAAAGUGCUAUGCCCGCAGAAUAACGACACAGACUCGCGAUUUGUUCGCUUGGGUUCGAGGGCAGGCACCCUCGGUAUUCAAGGCCAUCUCGUUAAUGUCUCUUCAGCGCGAUCCACAGACGAUGUUUCCUUCACCAACCUUGCUCUCUCACCAGGCCGGGAUAUCACGAACCUUUUCACCCGCGACGCCAAUAAUUUCCCGUCUUGCAAUGGUCUCUCCUUUCGCAUCGCCGUCGAUCCUCCCUGUAGUACACGGACACCUUGUCCACUCGGCAACCUUAAUUCCUCAUCUACCAUCACAUCUCUCGGUAUUGUCGAUACGGGAUUGCUCGUUGGCUAUGCCUGGGAGCAAGUUGCCAAUUUCACCAACUACUUCGUACUUGACGGUGCCGUCCUCAAUCUCGAUCCGUACAUGCGAACCCACACUAGCCCGAUCCCUGGUGAUAAUGUCGACACUGCCCUCCGUACCCUUAUGCGCACACAGGCCGCGGACAGUGGUAAAGAUGGGACGCUCUUGUUCUCAUCUCGCGCAGACCUCAAAUCCGCUGUGCCUUGUCUCAAGGAACGCUACUACGCCGGUAACAUAGAUAAGGUCACUCCAGGCUGUUUCGUUUCUCAGCUCUUUCUCUACACUGGCCUCUUCGUCAUCAUGGCCUUGGUGCUCGUACGGUUUGCGAUGGCCUGCGUAUUCAACUGGUUUCUCUCAGCGAAGCUCGCAGGGCCUCCUAACAGCAGCGAACUCAACCGUUCGGCCAUCAGUCCUGCUGUCAUGCCGGAGGGUGCCAACCUGUCUGUGGACAACAAGAAUGGCACUGCACCAUGGGCUUCGUCCAAGAAGCCAAAAGCCAGCAAAGUCCCUCGAUCCAUUGCAUCUGCCUCGAGUACUACGCUUACAAGCGAUGGAGGUGCCGCACCAAUCAUGAGUCUGGCUCAAAUUGGCGCUGAGCUCUUCGCUGUCUGCCUCGUAACGUGCUACUCGGAAGGCGAGGAUUCCCUCCGUACAACCCUGGAUUCCAUUUCGACAACGACGUAUUCCGAUGCGAGGAAGCUGCUUUUUAUCGUAGCAGAUGGGAUGAUCACAGGGGCCGGUGAGAAGCGCAGCACCCCUGACAUUUGCGUGGGCCUUUUGGAAGCAGACCCCCGAUUUGGCAAUCCAAUACCCAUGGUGUACGCCGCUGUUGGCACUGGCUCCAAAGCGCAGAAUCGGGCCAUGGUAUAUGCAGGCCAUUACACUGUUGCUGGUCGGCGGACACCAACCGUCAUUGUGGUGAAGUGUGGUACCGAACAGGAGGCAGCUUCAGACAAGAAACCAGGCAAUCGCGGCAAGCGCGACAGUCAGCUCAUCCUCAUGAACUUCUUCUCCCGCGUCACGUACAACGAUCGCAUGUCCCCCCUCGACUUUGAUCUAUUCCGUAAGAUACAUAUUCUGAUGGGCGUCACGCCCGAUUUUUUUGAGGUUUGCUUAAUGGUGGACGCCGACACUAAAGUGUUUCCUGAUUCCCUCGGAUACCUCGUGAAUUGCAUGCAUCAUGAUCAAAUGAUCAUGGGGUGCUGCGGUGAAACCAGAAUAGCGAACAAACGACAGUCCUGGGUCACGGCCAUUCAAGUGUUUGAGUACUUCAUCUCCCAUCAUCUCGCUAAGGCCUUCGAGUCAGUUUUCGGUGGUGUUUCCUGUCUACCUGGAUGCUUUUCCAUGUUUCGAUUGAAGGCACGGCGCACGAAUGGAGACGACUGGGUACCCCUCAUCGUGAAGCCCGAAAUCGUCAAGGAAUACAGUCAAUGCGAAGUUUCCACCCUUCAUCAAAAGAAUCUUCUACUACUCGGAGAGGAUCGUUUCCUUACCACGAUCCUGAUUCGCACGUUCCCGAAUCGCAAGAUGAUGUUCUUGCCCCAAGCACGUUGUCGUACUGUUGUACCCGAUACCUUUUCCGUCCUCCUCUCCCAACGUCGACGAUGGAUCAACUCGACCAUCCACAAUCUCAUGGAGCUCGUGCUAGUGCGCAAUCUCUGUGGGAUAUUCUGCUUCAGUAUGCAAUUCGUCGUCUUCAUGGACUUGCUGGGCACUGUUGUACUGCCUAUCGCCAUCACACUCACUUACGCUCUUAUUGUGGGUAUGGCGCUGGAUCCGCCAAAAUCGUUCGAAGAAGCCAUUCCUUUGGUCCUGCUCAUUGCGGUUCUCGGUCUUCCUGCGAUUCUUAUCCUGAUCACUACGCGGAAAGUGGUGUAUGUAUUCUGGAUGUUGAUAUACCUGCUUGCCCUGCCGAUAUGGAAUUUUGUCCUGCCAGUGUACGCUUUCUGGCACUUUGAUGACUUCUCGUGGGGAGAGACAAGGAAAGUUGAGGGUGAGACGAAAGGAGAGGCACAUGGAGAGGGUGAUGGCCAGGUUGCAACGUCAGUGCCUAUGAGACGGUGGGAGGAUUGGGAACGUUCUCGUCUUCGUAAAUUGCGCCGCGAUGAACGCCGCAGACGCGAUUUCGAGAGACAGCAUGGUGGAUACGUUACUGGCGACCUCCUGAGCGCUCGCAUGGGGAGUCAAUACGAAGGCUCAGAUACAGUCUCUGUCACUUCGUCAGAAGACGAUCAAUGGGGGCCACAGAUCGGUGGGUACAAUGAACAGGACGUGAAGUAUCCACCGCCCCCCACGGGUCUCUUCGUCCCCCACGACAUGCUUUCCUCAGCGAAGACUGUCGAUAAAUCUGAACUCGAAGCUAUGCUGAAUUCAGGUUUUGACGAUCGACCAUCGCCUCCAACAUCAACUUACGCACCUCGAUAUCAAUCCUCGGUGGAUGGAUCCACCACCCAGUUGCCGAGGAUAGCUGGGAAUGGGUACACGCCCAUGUCACGCUCUGCCUCUCCAGGUGUUGCCCCACAUCCAGCCGAGGUUGCAACCCCAAUAUCACCUACUACGCAUAUGCACGGGCAUCCUAUGCGACAACGACCCUCAGAACCGUACGGACCUCUUGGACCUCUUGACCCUUCUACGAGAUUUUAA